AUGGCAAUCGGACGCGGCGGACAGGAUUCUCGUGCGCUCAACCCGAGAAUCCUUUUGAUAUCAUCAUGGAAAAGAUGCACCCGCCCAGAUGAGGAAACAGAAGAAGCAGAGCCACCACUACUUCUCGAGGAUGUUCGAGUCAAGUCUGGGCAUCUCCCAACGCGCUGCGAGCCAGCUAAUCAGCAACUGCUCGAGAUCUUGCUUCCUCAUCCGUCCCAACCGAGCAUUGUUGUAGCAUUUUUAUGGGCGAACUCAACACUAUAUGAACUGAAUCAGUUCACUCGUGACAUGGGGCUGACAUCGGUUCUCCUGAGGUCACCUGAAUUCGUCUUGGGGAACGGUUCGCUUUUGGCAGCGACACCUUUUGACCCUCUGUUUAUUUUCCUCGCUCUGCUUCAUCGCCACGCCGCCGAGUUCUUUGUCCCUUUCUCGCAGCUGAUUUCCCAGUGUGAGUAUUCUCACGAGGUUCGCAGGAACCUCGCGUGGCUGGCGUCCGCGCCAGCAGUGACGCAGCGAAUCUCCCUCGUUGCUGACGUCCGCUGCGCCGACAGUUCGACCGUUGAUGGCCCGACCCUGGGGGGAGAGGCAGUUUCUACGUCGCUAGGCGUGCAACCAAUUCCAGAGUUCUGCCGUCUGAAUGUCGACAAGGCGCUUGCUUUUCUUCACCGGAAACACGCAAAGAUGCUGAAUACCAUUCUACGUCUACGCCUUCCAUUCAAGGACUGCGUCAUCCUUGGCGAGAGCUCGCAGUACAAUCCACCACCGAAGGGAAGUGAUAGCGGAUCUGCUUCAACCGACACACGGACCCGUACACGCCCACUCCCUGCGAAUGGCCGCCUGAAUCCACAUAGAGAUACUGUGUCUCCAAACGAUGUGACGGACAAGUGCGAAAUCGACAUUUCUGCUGCGAGCCGCCUAGCGGAAGAAAUCUUAAGUGGAUAUCUUCCCAAAGGCCUCGCAACCGCUUUGAAGCAACAAUGUGACAGGCGGAGGACCUCGCGAACCACUAAAACUGGGGGAAGCAGGAGCGAAAUCAGCUGCACACGUGCAAAUGCUGCAGACGAUAGCAAACUACAGGACGGCACCACCUCGAUAUGUGGCUCAGGACGCCUGUUUCCGGGUACUGAAGUUCUAAGUGGGAGACGCCCAGCAUUUUCAGACGCCUCUGCCGGUCGGGAGAAAUCUCUCGGCGGGCUCCUCGAUGGCAGCGCAGGUGGAGCGAAGGAAACGGAGAGGCCCCCAGAGAGUUCUGGACCACCUGAAAGGACAGCGGAGUUCCCCGCGGGCAGCAGGAAGCGGCUGCGUGCUGGAACUUCUCCACGACAUUCUGCGUACAAUAGCUCCACCGGGAAGAGUGAAUCCGAUACGAAGGAGAAUCUGUCGCGGCAAGCGGAAGAAAGACCAGACGCACUGCAGAGUGACGAGCGAGGAGCAACGCGCAAUACUGAACAUAGACAAGCUGCGGAGGCCGGAAACACGACAACUUCCUCCAAUAGAAAACGUAGGAAGGAAGACUUGCCGCGUCACGGCUCCUCCUCUCUGAGAAGCCAUGCAGGAGGUUUGGAGGCGGAAAAUGCGCUGUCGAUGACAAAAACCAAGGGCGCUACCAAAGUGCCAAACCAAACGUUAAUCAGUUCAUUCUUCAGGAAGAAACGAUGA